AUGGAUUCAGUGGGAGAAUUGCCAACGACGUUUAAAUCGGCGAUGGAAUCCAGUGACGCAGUCAAGUGGAAAGAAGCGUGCGACUCAGAAAUGGAAUCUCUUCGCAAAACCAAGACCUGGGACCUCGUACCACUACCAAAAGGCCGUAAAGCAAUCGGUAAUCGAUGGGUCUUUCGAGUCAAGGAGAAUCAGGCUGGGGAAGUCGAGCGAUUCAAAGCGCGCUUGGUGGCCAAAGGUUUUUUUCAGAAGCGUGGUAUUGACUACGACGAGAUCUUUGCGCCCGUGGCCAAGUUCACGUCAAUCAGGAUUUUGUUCAGCCUGGCAGCCAAGUUUAGCUUGUCGGUACACCAAAUGGAUGUCAAGACGGCGUUUCUCAAUGGACUCCUGGACGAAGACAUUUACAUGGUGCAGCCAGACGGUCACGUCGAUGGAGAUCACCCGGACUUUGUUUUUCAGCUCAAGCGCUCCCUGUACGGUCUAAAGCAGUCACCACGGAUGUGGAACCAAACCAUCAACAAGUUUAUGCUGGAACUGUAUUUUAAAAUUUGUGGAACGGAUCACUGCAUCUAUGUCAAGCGAGCCGAUCAAGACAUGAUUUCCGUGGCACUAUACGUCGACGAUUUGGCUUCGCGAGCAACAACGACGAGCUGCAGAAGUCAACAAAGGAGUCGCUGGGUGAUCGUUUUGACAUGA